GACUAGGAACCGCGAAGAUCAGCGAGCUGGACUACGAGUGCCAGGACUACUUAACCGAGUUCCUCACCCAGUGCCGGAGCUGCCAGACCACCCCGUUAGAUCGGCACCGCUCCCAGGCAUUCUCGGCGGCAAAAAAAUGCAACAACGAGCCCGGCAUCCUCGGCAAACGACUACCGCGCGUCUACGACGCUUUCGGCAUGGCCUGGCGCUGCGGCAUCCACCAGCGCGGUGCCGAGAAAACAGCAUACUCUGUGCACGUGCUGCUCAAUGGCGACCGCAAUGGUGGAGUCAGCACCGUUACUGCCAACUAUGACGGCACCGGCGCAUUUGCAGCUACCGAUUGGGCGCUCCUACGGGCAGUUGCCUUCAAGAACGCCCGCGAGCGCGACCAUCGCUUCGCGAUGGCGACGAUCGACCGCUCUGCCUUCAGCCUCGACGCGGGCAAAUCGAGAUUGAAAGCGCCGCGGGCGCCCAGAUGGGCUUCGCUCUGCCCCGGACAAUUCAACGACGCCUACAACAUCUACGUGGGCCAGUGGUGG